UUUCCCGACGCCGGUCUGUUCUUGUUGUGGUUUUCCUCCGCGUGAAAUUUGUCGUUGAGAAUGUCCAGGAAGAGUGUACCUGUGCGGAAAUCCUUGCUUAGGAACCGAGAGAAGCCACUGGCAGCUGUGAAUUAUCAAGUGAGCAAUUGCUUCGAAGAUGCGCGGAAAGAGAAAGUGCGCUUCAUUUUGCCAGAGAGACUUCCGGAAGCUCCUCCCAAAUCCUCCGGGAGUGUGAAUAAAUUCGCCAAGCCCGAGCUCCACACUACACUGAAGAUGAGACAGAUGAUGGAGGCACAGAAACCAGAGAAAGUCGCCGUGAGUCCAACUGUUCUGGCUGCUGCGAAGGAAGAAAUCUCCAAGAAGCUGAACUUUGGCCGCUAUCAGAGAGUCUAUAGAAAUCUGGUGCCGGUGAAUGUGAAUGACUUAGUUGUGGAGAGAGAAGAAAAGCCUCAGCCAAAGAAGCGCUCAGUGAAGAUUCUGAGAGAUCCUGUGCCGAAACUGGAGGACUACCUCAAGCCCAUUCCCCCUUUGAUCUAUGAACAGUCCUUCAUGCAGAUGCAGACUGUCGUGAAGCCGCCCAAGAAGAACCUGGCGAAGGAGAAUUCGAAUUCCUACCGCUACCAAUUGGCGAUGCUGAAGCACUUUGACCACCUUUACUGACCCAAUUUCGACGUAUUACUCCUGUAAGACCCAUUUUCCACACUAUAAACACGCAUGAAAAAUAGCCAUAAAUGAGACUCUGGGCUCUUCGUGACCGGAGGCAAUAAUUCUAAUCUUUCGGUGGCCAAAAUGGUCACUGAUAAGCUCAGAACCUGAGAGAUAAAAGCUUCUGCGGUCGGAUUCACUCGUUCAGUUGUCUCAUAAGCACCAGACUGGUUUCUUGUUUAUCUGAUCUGUAACUGUUGAAUUGGGAGAAAAAACUUCAGUCUGGAAAACUGACACGCCCGACGUUGAUCUUCUGCUGAAAGAUGACCGGAAAGUGGGAGAAAAACGAGGAAAUUAAGAUCUUCAGAGAGUAUCUGAAGAUUCCCAGCGUUCAUCCGGAUCCCGAUUAUGAGCCCUGCGUGGAGUUCCUGCGCCGCCAGGCGACGGAUCUCGGCAUGGAUUUCAGCGUUUUUCGUCCGGUGAACGACAAGAAUCCCGUCGUUGUGCUGACGCUGAAGGGCAGCGAUCCUUCGCUGCCGGCCGUGAUGCUAAACAGCCACAUGGACGUGGUUCCGGUGUUCCCGGAGAAGUGGUCGCAUCCGCCCUUCUCGGCGCAUCUCGCCGCCGACGGGAAGAUCUUCGCGCGUGGCUCGCAAGACAUGAAAUGCGUCGGAAUGCAAUUCCUGGCAGCGCUGCGAGCCUUCAAGAAGGACGGCGUGAAGCUGAAGCGCACGAUUCACGCCACUUUCGUGCCAGACGAGGAAGUUGGAGGACAACUUGGGAUGGCGAAAUUCGUCCACACUGAAGACUUCCGGGCGUUGAAAGUGGGAUUCUCGCUGGACGAGGGAAUUGCUAGUCCCACGGAUACUUUCCCGGUUUUCUAUGCCGAGAGACCGACAUGGAGAGUUCACUUCAACUGCUCAGGCACUCCUGGCCACGGAUCGUUGCUCCUCAAGGACACAGCUGGAGAGAAACUGAGAUUUGUCCUGGAUAAAAUGAUGGAUUUCCGUAAGGCCGAACAGAGUCGCUUGGUGAACAAUACUGAGCUCCUAAUUGGCGAUGUGACGACAGUGAAUUUGACCAGGAUUUCCGGUGGCGUUCAGUCGAAUGUUGUUCCUCCGCUCCUGACCAUCGGAUUUGACAUUCGUCUGGCCACGGAAGUGGAUCAUGAGCAGUUCCAGAAGCAGCUGGAGAAAUGGUGUGCAGAAGCCGGAGGAGGAAUUGAGCUAGUCUUCGAGCUUAAGGAUCCUCUGGUUCCGCCAACGCGUCUGGAUGAGACGAACAUCUUCUGGGUGGCUUUCAAGAAAGCCAUCGACGAACUGAAGCUCAAGAUUCGGCCUCAAGUCUUCCCGGCAGCCACGGAUAGUCGCUACGUGCGUGAAAUCGGAAUUCCAGCGAUCGGAUUCUCGCCCAUGAACAACACGCCAGUUCUUCUGCACGAUCACGACGAGUUUCUGCACGCAGACGUUUACCUGCGCGGCAUCGAGAUCUUCCGGAAGAUCAUCGGCAAAGUGGCCAACUGCUGAG